UUGGUGGAAAGUUUGGAAUUUCUAAUACACGGGAAAAGGAGGGGGCGAGUGCAUGAGAAGUUUGACUCAAGGAAAAAUCAGUCGUAAAGGGGAAUUGCGAGGGAAAACUUGGCGGAAGUAACGGAAUGCACAAAUGCACAGAUUUAAUUUUGGAUUAUUAACCCCAAACAGGAUUUGCUAUUUUGGUGGUCUUACAUUUACACCACUAGAGUUAACGGCAGUUUCCAGACCUAUGCGUUGGCAUAUGUUGGCUUCUAGGCAUGUAGUACUCAGCCCUGAUUCUUGCUGGUUGAGCAGAUAGUUUGCAACAGUUUCGUAUGGAAUUUGAGGUCUCCGAACACUAACUGCGUAUCUCCUUUGAUUGCAAAAUCGAAUAUCGCAUGUGUCUGGUCUAGCGGUGUGUCCUGUUCGCCGCUGUCACGUCUAUGCAGUGCUGAUACUAGCUAGCUGGCUGUUUGUGGAAGGAGUGGUGGUAUGUAGUUGUAGGGGCGAGGUGGACGCCGGGAUUCAGGUCAGUGUUUUCUUCACAUCAAAGUAACGGACGUGAUCUGUUGUCAAGAGAAAGCAAUAUCCGACCCGCAUACAGAAGGUAACAGAAACUUCCCUUAAGGACGUCUGAAAACCGAGGGGAGUUUGAGAUUUAACACUACCAAUUCAGCUAAUAAGGUAGUGAUAAACAACAAACAACUGUUUGCUUACUUGUCAGCUAGCUACACCUGGAGAGCUAGCCUAAACAUGCCAGUAAGGAAGAAAGAUGCUCAGCGGGCACUGAUUAUCCUGGAGGAAUAUCGAACGAAACUCGGUCAAACGGAGGACGGACAACUCAGACAUUCGAUUGAGAGGGUCAUCGACAUCUUCCAGAGCAACCUCUUCCAGUCACUAAUAGAUAUCCAGGAAUUUUACGAAGUGACCUUAUUGGACAGUGGGAAAUGUGCAGAGUCUCCAGAGCUGCCCGAACCCUUGCCCCCAGUCAACUUGUGGGAUCUGUCCAGCCUCCCGACCACAACUGUGACUUCGCAAACCCUGCCCAGCCUUAGUACCAGUGUAGAGGAGUCUCCCCUACUAAACGAAAUACUACAUGUGCUAGGAAAGCAAUCAUUAUCUACCUUGGACGGGCAAAAAUACAGACAGCAAGAUGAGGACACGUCACCCCAAGAAAACAGUUCCCCUCAGCUCACCAGUGAGAUCCAAGGGCCUGAGCUGGUGCAGGUUUCGGAGAAGAACCUGUCCCAGAUCGAGAAUGUACACGGCUUCGUCGCACACUCGCAUAUCUCCCCCAUGAAGGUAGAGUCCCUGGAGUGCAUCUUCGACGGGCCACCCCCUAUGGGACACGAAGAGGUCCCCGCCCCUGCCUUCUCCACCUUGUACCCUCAGAGCAGUACGCUGUUGCAGCAGACAGAUGCUGCUCCUCCCUCCGCUCCCAUAAUCCCUGUGAUUCCCAUCUCGCUGGUCCCGGCCGAGACCACUGUCAUCCCUUCACCCACAUCACAGGCAAACCCUCCUCCUGUCGUGGUGAAUACAGAUAAUCUGGAUGCACCUCCAUAUGUGAACGGUACAGAAGCAGAUUUUGAAUAUGAGGAAAUCACACUUGAAAGGGGAAACUCGGGUUUGGGGUUCAGCAUUGCGGGCGGCACAGAUAACCCCCACAUUGGCGAGGACCCCAGCAUCUUCAUCACAAAGGUCAUCCCCGGGGGUGCGGCGGCUCAGGACGGUCGUCUCCGGGUGAAUGACAGCAUCCUGAGGGUGAACGAUGUGGACGUGAGGGAUGUUACCCACAGCAAAGCAGUGGAGGCCCUGAAAGAAGCCGGCUCCAUCGUCCGACUAUACGUCAGAAGAAGGAAACCGAUGACGGAAAAGAUCAUGGAAAUCAAGCUUGUCAAGGGUCCCAAAGGUCUUGGUUUCAGCAUAGCCGGGGGAGUGGGGAAUCAGCACAUUCCCGGCGAUAACAGCAUCUACGUCACGAAAGUCAUCGAGGGGGGAGCGGCACACAAAGACGGGAAGCUACAAAUAGGAGACAAGCUUUUGGCAGUGAACAGUGUUUGCCUUGAGGAGGUGAGUCACGAGGAUGCUGUGACGGCCUUGAAAAACACCCCUGACGUGGUGUACCUGAAAGUGGCGAAACCCACCAGUGUCUUCAUGAACGACAGCUUUGCACCCCCUGAUAUCACCAACUCUUAUUCCCAGCACACGGAGAACCAUAUCAGCCCACCUACCUUCUUGGGCCAGCCAGCUGCCCCCGCAUCCACAGGGCGAUACUCCCCCACCCCCAAAGCAAUGCUGGGUGAUGAAGAUGUGACCCGGGAGCCCAGGAAGGUGGUGCUGCAUCGGGGCUCUACAGGGUUGGGCUUCAACAUCGUCGGUGGAGAGGAUGGAGAGGGCAUCUUCAUCUCCUUUAUCCUGGCCGGGGGGCCAGCAGACCUGUGUGGAGAACUAAAGAAAGGAGACCGGCUUGUCUCUGUGAACGGGGUGGACCUCCACAGUUCCACUCACGAACAGGCGGCGGCAGCGUUGAAGAAUGCAGGCCAGACGGUGACCAUCGUGGCCCAGUACAGGCCAGAGGAAUACAGCCGGUUUGAAGCCAAAAUCCAUGACCUACGAGAGCAAAUGAUGAACAGCAGCAUCAGUUCUGGGUCCGGCUCUCUGCGGACCAACCAGAAGAGGUCCCUGUAUGUCAGAGCCCUUUUUGACUAUGACAAAGCGAAGGACUCCGGGUUACCCAGCCAGGGCCUGGACUUCAAAUUUGGAGACGUCCUGCACGUGGUGAACGCCUCGGACGACGAGUGGUGGCAGGCGAGACAGGUGACGACGGAGGGGGAGGUGGAGGAGAUCGGCGUCAUUCCCAGCAAGCGGAGGGUGGAGAAGAAAGAGAGAGCCAGAUUAAAAACAGUCAAAUUCAACCCCAAAUCCAGAGAGAAGGGGUCAUUCAAUGACAAGCGUAAAAAGAGCCUCUUUUCCCGAAAGUUCCCUUUCCACAAGAACAAGGACCAGAGUGAACAGGAAACAAGUGAUGUUGAACAGCAUGUAACCUCUAAUGCCAGCGAUAGUGAAAGUAGCUACCGUGGCCAGGAGGAAUAUGUGCUGUCUUACGAGCCAGUGAGUCAACAGGAAGUGAGCUACAGCCGUCCAGUAAUCAUUCUGGGACCCAUGAAAGACAGAGUAAACGACGAUCUGAUUUCAGAAUUCCCUGAUAAAUUUGGAUCUUGCGUACCCCACACAACCAGACCAAAGCGAGACUAUGAAGUCGAUGCCAGGGAUUACCACUUCGUUGUUUCGCGUGAGCAGAUGGAGAAGGACAUUCAGGAUCACAAGUUCAUCGAAGCCGGCCAGUACAACAACCACCUGUACGGGACAAGUGUCCAGUCUGUCCGCGAGGUGGCUGAGAAAGGAAAACACUGCAUCCUGGAUGUUUCAGGCAAUGCUAUUAAGAGACUCCAAAUCGCACAGUUGUAUCCAGUUGCAAUUUUCAUUAAACCAAAAUCCAUGGAAAAUAUAAUGGAGAUGAACAAGCGGCUGACGGAAGAGCAGGCCAGGAAGACCUUUGACAGAGCCCUGAAGCUGGAGCAGGAGUUUACAGAGAACUUCACAGCUAUUGUACAAGGGGACAUCUUGGAAGAGAUCUACGACCAGGUUAAACAGAUCAUCGAGGAACAGUCUGGGCCAUUUGUAUGGGUACCAGCCAAGGAGAAAUUAUGAAGGCUGAAGAUUUUCUUCAACUAUUUAUUUGUUUUCUUUAACCAACUUAGCCUGCUGCAUUUGACUCCUCUACCGAAAGGUUUGGAGUGAAAUUGCCCCUCUUCCCUUUGUCAUGACCGGAGUCAGGGGUCAGAGGUCACAACCUCCACCAGGCCCCCACACUCUCUCCCACAUUUAACAUUAGCGGUCUCUUCAGGAGUGAUGUUGGAUCACCACUGAUCAAGGACAGGAGUAAUGCCUAACCAGCGACAAAAAGUAGGGUUUUCAUGGUACAAUUCCUUAAUGUUUAAGGGAGGUGAAUUUCUGCAAAAAAAGUAAAAUUUUAGAUGCAUUGUGUAUAUUUAUAACUUCUCAACAUUUUUUUCAUGAAAAAGGAAAUGCAUUCUCGCGCAUUUGGGUCAUUUUAAAAUCAAAGCAAAACUUUGCACGUUAUAGCUUUAACAGCAUGUUUUCAACAUUUCUUUCUUUGCAGCUUUAUUUUUCUCAUUCAUACAGUUCCUUGUUUUUUCAUAGUCUUGUUCUUGUAGAAAAUUAGGCGCAGUCUUGUUUUUCAACAUAUUGUAUUCAUGUUUAUUUUUUACUUGUAACCUCAUUGAGUACAUGUUAAAAUGGCCAUUCUUUUUCAUCACAUUGAACUCAAAAGUGUAAAUGCGGUACCUGUUAGGAUGUUGGCAAGGUUGGGUUUCUGAAAGUGUUGUAUGUAUCGUUAAACUUCAUUCACGACCACAAUCUUUGAUAGUUUUAAGUUUAGGUGCUCUGGAGAACUGUUAACACACAUGAGAAAAACAAAUGGCAUUUCAGAAAAGAUGUCCAGACGUCUGUAGGGAGGAAAAUGCCAAUGCAAAAUAAUUUAUUGUACAUUGAGAUUUUAACAGAUGUUUAACCCUCUUCCUAUUUUGUUAUAAUAAAAACUCUAUAUUGAGCUGUACUUAGAACUACAACUACGGAAAUUAUUUUCUUUACAUUGCUAAAACAUAGAAAUACGAACAAAGAUAAACCUAUAAAUAUGAAAAUAUUUCCUUUACGUUGCCACCACCUCCUCCAUCAUUUAUUUUCCUUUUUAUGCAAAUAAAUUUCAAUGGGGGAAUGAACAGUCCUCAGGUCUAGUGGGGCCUGGUGGUAAGGGUAACAGUAUUUGGAACAAAGCAGUCAGACAUUGAGUAACCAGGGCAGCUAGUUCUCCUCUUUAUACCCCUCUGUGUGAAUCCCUGUUUGUCCCUUCAUGUGACAUGCAUGGUUUUUAAGCCUAAAACUUUAUUUAACAAAAUACAACGGACUUCUUUUUCUCAUGGUUUUGUGAAAUGUCAUGACUUGAAAUGUGGCUCCACAAGGGAUUGUACAGGCUUUGCUCAUGCAGGAGAUGAUGGCUCCGUUUGACCAGAAGAUCCAGACCCGCUCUCCAAAACAAGCCUUUAAACCUUCCACCAAAGGAAGCCCUGCCUGGUUUCUCCUGGUUCAUAACAUUAUCAUGUUUCUCAGAGAUGAUUGUUUUCUACAAGACUUAUUCUUCACCACUUCACGGAGGAUUUAUAACUCGCUUCGGGACUGGAAAAUGUAAAUAACUUACCAAUCUGAUUCAUUCCAUUUGUCAAAAGAGGAGAACAGCUAAUAAAAAAAACUUUCUCAUACAA